AUGGAGGCCAUCAAAGACAUGCCUUUUCCUACAGAUGUGCAGUCUCUACGAAGGUUCCUGGGUAUGGUAACCUACCUUGCCAGGUGUUUACCAUGUGUCUCUGAUGAAACGAAAGUGUUGAGAAAGCUCACAGAGAAAGAUGCCGAGCAGUGUUGGUUAAUCGCACACAAAGAAUCCGUGGUUCGAAUCCAAAGAUUGAUCAGCAUCGCGCCAGUGCUUGCCUAGUGUGACGUCACAAAGUCCGUAUCUAUACAAUGUGAUGCAUGCCAAACCGGUCUUAGAGCUGCUCUUCUACAAGAUAACCACCCAAUUGCCUACAGCUCUCUAGAGCAAACAGCAACUGAGCGCAACUACGCGCAAGUAGGGAAAGAAUUCUUAGCCAUUAUCUACGCAUGCGAGAAAUUUGCCAACACAUUUUUGGAAAGAGCGACGUCGUGGUAGAAUCAGGCCACAAGCCACUGGAGACUAUAUUUAUGGUAGACGUACUCGAACACGUCUUUCAGUUGCAAGGAAACAGCCGAACCCGGCUCUUAUCGAAAGAGUGACGAAGAAUAUGGAGAAAAGCAAAGAGAAGCAAAGAAAUAUUUUGAUCGACAGUCGCGGAAGUUGAAAACAAUGAAAAGGCUGUCAGCAGGCGAUGUAAUCCGAAUGCGUUGUCCGGGUGAUUCAAAUGUGAUUGGUAAGGUCAUUGAAGUCAUAGGUUUUCGAUCUUACCUGGUUGAGGUCAAUGGAAGAAAAUAUCGUCGAAAUCGAAGGCAUUUACGUACGACAGCAGAGCAGUUACCUCUACAAACCGAACUGUCCGAUGCAGAUGAGUCGUUGACUGACGACGAAUCAAUCGACGAACCCGCUGAUGUAGAUGCCAUGGGAGGCCAGAGAGAUGAGACAUGGGGCAGAUGA